AUGGCCGUGGCGCCGUCCACACACGCGCGCACGCCGGUGGUGACUUCAGUCGAGUUGCCCAAAUUAAGGAUCCCAAUAGAGACGGCUCGUCGACAUCAACGACGAGCCGCCUCUACUACAGGCAACAGCUAUGACGAUACCUUUAUGAGAGCCUUUGCCGUCGGGUAUCACUCCGCACCGCCAGUCCCCGUCAAGACCGAAGCAUCAAGCGCCGAUCAAUCGCCGUAUGGACUGACUACGCGCUCGCCGUCAUCUCCAUCCUCUUUCUUCACACAGCCAGAAAUGGCAAAGCGUGGCUUGACCUCACUCCUCGAAUCCGCUGAUCAAAUUCGUCCAUCAGCAGCCGAGGCUUCGCCGCCACUCUACGGCCACUCUAGCCCGUUGAAGCGAGAGCUGUCGCUGACACACACACUUCCCUCCAUAAUGCAGGCUAUGGGCGGCUAUCCGCUCGACACCUUGGCAGUGCCCAAGAGAGCUCGCAUCGAAUCGGACUCUGACAUGGACCUGCAGGCUUCAGAUAGCUUGCUUGGCCAUAUGCCUCGCCAGGCCAUGAAAUACCCUUUUGUCCGUCGGCAGCAGUCACAGCAACAGUCACAGCAAAAGCCAUGUCAUCGGUCGAACGAGCAACACACCGCCUCGUGCGUACCGAUGAUCGAAGUACAAAACAUUAGCAUGUCUGGGUCCAAAUCGCCGAGUGCGCACGGACUGCCGACUUAUUCGGGUGCAUCGGUCUGGGGAAUUGUAGUCAAUACUGGCAAGUUUCCGUCAGACAUGUGCCUCAGUGAGAACGGGAGUGGCAGUGGAGCGUCCUCAAUUGCUCCGUUAAACCUUCACGAGAAUCAGUCUAGCAGUGAGGGUCUUAUUGACACAGAGAUUAGUAGUGAAGUGAAGCAGGGCCAAUGGCUUGUAGAUGAAGAGGAGCAUACCACUGCUCUGAUUCAGGCUGUGAAGAAAGGAGAGGAGCAAGAAGAACUCCCGCUUGACGUGUCGACACGGAAGUGCGUUGCGAGCAACCUGCAACGCAAUACCAUUCGGGUCAGCAAAAAGCUCCCCAGCCUCACUUUGAGUCCUCGUGGCCCAAUUGGCCAAGAAAACGAGCCUGUGAAUACGCGCGUCAAGUCGUUUCACCCGCUCAGUCUCAUGUCGAUCAUGAAUAAAGAGUCCAGUGCUUCGCCAUCUUCCGAUGUUUAUGACGUGGCAGAGACUAUUGCAAACUCGAACCUCUUUCGACAGAGCCCAAGCGGCAAAAGCAUCAGGGAAACGAAGAAGCCAAUCCAGCGCGUCCUAAAGCGGUCCGACUACUCACAGAGCGGCAUGGUUCGUAGUGGCCGGUGGUCAGUGGAGGAAGAAAACUACGCCAAGGCAAUGAUCGAGGCGUUUAAAGCUGGUUACCUUCCACUCCACGGCAAUGUGUCGUUACGUAAGUUUCUGUCCGAGGUGCUCGUGUGCCACCCGAUGCGCAUCAGCAAGAAGUUUGUGGGCUACGUUCGUAAGUACCACUGGUACCGCAUUACCGCGGGCAAGUGUGACCUGGAAGCAAAGCGCCAGGUAUUGUACCGAUUGACUUACCUCGAGCGUGUUUUCUGGACAUCGUUGCAGCAGAAUAGCGAGUGGCCUCCCAGUCUCCGUCGUGACGAUUAG